UGCUACAAUGUUACUUAGAACUUUUUCGUUUCAAUGGGUUUAUUUGGUGUUGUUCGCUUUCAUCGCAAUUUAUGUUAACAUACGCUUAAACUACCUGGAGGAAACAAAUGAAAAUCUACAAAAUGCACUUCAACAGCUCAAAGCUGAAAUUAAAAACAACCCAACGCCGGAGUCUAAGACACAGACACAUCCGCUAUCAAAGGACGACUCUUACGUCGUGAUAUACAACAGAGUUCCAAAAACGGGCUCUACAAGUUUUGUCGGUGUUAUUUAUGACUUGUGUAAAAAAAACAAGUACCACGCACUUCAUAUAAACAUUACAAACAAUAUGCACACUCUCAUGCCUGCUAAUCAAAUGCAAUUUGUUCGUAAUAUAAGUUACUGGGAUUCCAUGAAACCGGCAUUUUAUCAUGGUCACAUAGCUUUUUUGAAUUUUCAAAAAUUCGGCUUUGACAAUAGACCACUGUACAUAAAUAUACUGCGUAAGCCACUAGAUAGAUUUGUAUCCUACUACUAUUUCUUAAGAUACGGAGAUAACUUUAGACCUCACUUAAUUAGAAGAAAGCAUGGAGAUACCAAAACUUUUGAUGAGUGCAUCAAUGCUGGGCAAGCAGAUUGUGAUCCUAACAAUAUGUGGCUUCAAAUCCCUUUUCUUUGCGGGCAUGAUCCAGCUUGCUGGGAAGUUGGUAAUCAAUGGGCUUUAGAAGAAGCAAAAAGAAAUCUUCAGAGGCAUUAUCUUAUUGUGGGUGUUACUGAGGAGUUAUCAGAUUUUAUACUGGUUCUUCAAUCAAUUUUGCCGAGAUUUUUCAAGGGUGCUCAUAAUCUCUUUUUGCAUAAUAAUAAGUCUCACUUGAGACAAACUACACAAAAGAUUGAGCCACUUCCAGAAACAGUGAAAAAAAUACAAAAAACUGUAGUUUGGAAGAUGGAAAACGAACUUUACAAUUAUGCCUUAUCUCAAUUCCAUGCUCUAAAAAGACGUGUCAUAAACGCUUCUGUGCAAGAUGUUAAUCAGCGUUUUUUCUAUGAAAAAAUUAGACCAAAGUAGGUAGACUUUUUUACCCACUGAUUUGAUUUUUACAAAAUUUUCAUGUAUUGAA